UGCCUGUUGGACAAGGCUGGGAAGACAGGAGCAGUGGGUUUAAAGGAACUUGCUAAGAUGGCACUGGCCAGUUCGCUUCCUAGCAAACCAGUACCACCGCACUCUGGAGAAGUUUCUGCAGCAAGGGUGGAAGCUCACCAGAGCAAGCUGGAUUUCUUCUGCAAGCUGGGCUAUGGUAAGCAGGACAUCUGCAAAGUGCUGGAGAACCUGGGCCAAGAGGCCCUGGUGGAUGAUGUGCUGAAAGAGCUGAUUCGGAUGGGGAGCAGACCUCAAGCUCUGGAGAGCCAAGCUCAGCCUUCUGCACUAAAACUUCUUGCCCGGGGAUCAUCCAGCACUGCACCAGGGUCAAAGUGGCUCAGAGAAGGUGAAAGUGAUUCUUCUGAUUACUUGAGACCCAUUGUGAUUGACGGCAGCAAUGUUGCAAUGAGUCACGGAAACAAAGAGGUGUUCUCCUGCUGGGGGAUCCAGCUGGCAGUGGAUUGGUUUCGAGAGAGGGGGCACACGUACAUCAAGGUUUUCGUCCCACUCUGGAGGAAGGAGCCCCCUCGCCAAGAGAGUCCCAUUGCAGAUCAGCACAUCCUUGAAGAGCUCGAGAAGCAAUCGAUCCUCGUGUACACCCCAUCCCGGAAGGUGAAAGGCAAGAGGGUAGUUUGCUAUGAUGAUCGCUAUAUAGUGAAAGUUGCUUAUGAGAAAGAUGGAGUCAUUGUUUCCAAUGACAAUUACCGGGAUCUCCAGAAUGAAAACCCUGAGUGGAAAUGGUUUAUUGAGCAGCGACUACUCAUGUACUCAUUUGUCAGUAACAGGUUUAUGCCUCCUGAUGACCCGUUAGGCCGGCAUGGACCUACACUUAAUAACUUCCUCAGCAAAAAGCCAGUGCUUCCUGAACCAAAAUGGCAGCCUUGCCCCUAUGGUAAAAAGUGCACCUAUGGCAAUAAAUGCAAAUUUUACCACCCAGAGAGACUGCACCAAGCUCAGCUCACAGUUGCUGAUGAGCUCAGGGCUAAAAUAAAUGUCCCGUUAAGCAUGGGCAAAGAGGAAGAGCCAUAUAGGACUGGAGGAGAGUCUGUGCCCUGUGGUGCCUGUACAGAAACCCUGCGAGAAGGUAGUGGCUGCACAGGAGCUUCCUGUUAUUCAGGAUGGUCCCAAGGGAGAUGUCCUGAGCAGCUUUCCAGUGGCUGGGGCAGCAGCUCUGGCUCUGACUUGUGUCUGGACCAGCGCUUGCUGCAGCCAGAGCCGUGGCAAGACCAUCCACUCCUGGAGAAGAUGUCAGCACUAUCCAUUGGUGAUGACACCUAUGGCUACAGCUGGUCCAUACAUACACAUCAGGACAGAGGAGUGAUGGACAGCCCUCACCAGUUCAGCAACCUCAGGGACAACCCAUACACGCUUCAUCACUCCCAUAGCUUGGACCACACCAGCUUACCGGGAUGCCCUUUCCAGCAAACGGUGCUCCCUCCGGUGUCGAGCGGGAUGUGCCCAGAUCACAGCUGGCCGCAGGAGGGCUGCAGCACCCACAGGAUCAGUCAGAGGAGCCGCUAUGCCCCUGAUGGUGCUCAGCACCACAUUUUGCCACAGUCUUCAGCUCUUCCUGCUGACCUGCCUCACUCUUACAGUGAGCAUCACCUGCAGCAGCAGGAGCAUCGCUUCCGCAGCCGGCCCCCACAGCAGCCCUUCAUGUUAGACUCCAGAAAUGGCCUGGGCUUCUACCAGAAAACCUAUGCAUACCCCGAUACCUCUUACAGUGACCACUGGCCCACUCCAGCUGUAAGGCCACCCUCUGCCCAGCAACCAAACACACACAGGGAGCUGUGCUCCCUUUUCCCUUACAGUGAUGUAAACCAUGUCAUGGCUUUGUACCCCAAUAUUGAGGAUAUUGCUAUACUGACUUUAUUGAUUCAAAGACACAGAAGUUUGUGAAGCCUCCAGAUCAAACCUUUCCUGACAAUCACAAGUCCCGGGGAAAUAAUGUGCUACUCUGAGGCUUAACCAAGUGUUAUGAAAGGGCUUUAUGGCAAACACCGUAGCUGCUCUGGGAGCACAGGUCUAAGCAUCAACCAGCUAUGUCACAUGGGGCACCAAGUCAAGACACAGGCUGCCAUUCACCACAGUGGGAGCUUCAUUCCCCUCCCUGUCAGCAUUUGAACCUCAGUAGUGACUGGGUUCAGGAUGGCAGAGAUCUUUGUUGAUGCCUUGAAAGAAUAGACAUGUUUUAAAAACCCUAAGCCUAUUGCUCAGCUAUUGUAAAAGAGCCAUGCUCCAUGUGAAGGGCUCUGCACUGACCUCCCAUGCCUACUUGCUCAGCUAUAGGCAAAAAAUAAUUUGGCCCAUUUCCCCGGACACAGGGCUGUGCUCCCUGCUAGAAGGAGCCUUUCAAUCCGUAUCACUGGCUGUAUCAGUGAGCUUUCAAAGGCACAUCUCGCGUUUAUAAACCAAAGCAGUGAACACACAGAGUCUCUAGCGGAGGCAUGAAGGCACAGCAGAGAAGCUGCAGGUACCUUUCUCAGGGAUCGCAUAUGAUAGAAGUCAAAUCAGGGAAGUCAUCUCCAGUAUAAGUCCUGAUGUGGACCGAGAGCUUGGGGUUGUUAAUUAAAAAAGGAGGCACAGAUGAUGCCAAAGAGACUGGGGGGGGGGGAGAGCUUUGAAGUGUCUCUGUUGUAUUGAAAAAAUCCUGUUAUUGACUUAACCCUUAAUUACCGAACAUGGUCCCAUAAUGCAACUGUACAGCUGAUUUAUGAUUGCAAACAUUUAAACUGUGCUCUGCUGGGACAUGUUUGAUCCUCAGUAAAUUGUAAAACUGCUAAUCUCUGCAUUAUUCCACUGAACUCUUCAGGUUAUAAUUCAAAGAUUAAGGUUGAAGCUGAAGGGCGUUAGCAUUAUACCAAAGUUCAAGUAUGUCAGUAUGACAUGUUUUAGAAACGCUUUAACACAUCAUAAAGUGGUCACCUACAACUCUUUGUUCCAAGUAACAUUGUCUUUUUUCCUUUGUAUUUUAUUUUUCCAUUACUCUCAGCACUGAUGCUUCACCAGUUCCAGCAUUCAGGUGGGAUUCACAAAUGCUCUGACCCGGUGCUGUUUCUGUCAG